AGAACUUUGAAUUGGCAAGAGAAAUCAGAAAAGGACUCACCAUGUCCCUCUGUUUAUUCUAGAUCACAAUAAAAAAAUUUGUUUUUUUUUCCAUCUUUCUUGGUGUGUGUUCAAACGACGCCGUCCGAAGCUGGUGCGACACAGACCUCUCGUUUCGGAUGGGUUUCAUCGCUCUGCAAUCUUGGAGCAGAGGAGCUUCAACUUCUCUUCACCUCCUUCGUCCAGUUGGCUCCAAUCCUAAGCUAUAUGAUGCUCCACUAGUACAAGCAGUUACUGGUUUUAAGUUUGAUGUAAGAGCCUCUUCGAGUCGUAAAUCACUUAAGAAACUCAGAAGAGAGUCUCAACAAGGUAAAGACAUAACCACAAGAAAUGUUACAGAAGAAGAAGUUUCUUCUCCAAGAUUUGAAGAAGCUCAAGUUGAUACUCUAACUUCAAAGGAUUCUACUGGUGCUGUUGUUGUUGCUGCUCCUCGAGACAAAGUGCUUCAGGCGUGUACUGUAACUUCUGGUUUAAUGGCUGCACUAGGUCUGAUCAUCAGAAAGGCGUCUCAUGUUGCUUCGACUGAAGGAUUACCAGUUCCUGACUGCUCGAUAGUUGUACCAUUUGGGUUUGAAACUUGGCAUCUCGGUUUAAUUGCUGGAAUCGUUGUGUUUAUAUCAUCAAGUAGGUUCUUGCUACUGAAAUCUUGGCCAGAUUUUGCUGAUUCUAGUGAAGCAGCAAACCGACAGAUUCUUACUUCUCUCGAACCUCUAGAUUACCUUGUUGUUGCUAUGUUACCUGGAAUAAGUGAGGAAAUGCUCUUUAGAGGUGCAUUAAUGCCUUUGCUCGGAACCAAUUGGAACGGUAUUGUAGCGGUUGGACUCAUUUUCGGUUUACUUCAUCUUGGGAGUGGAAGAAAGUAUUCUUUUGCAGUUUGGGCGUCGAUUGUCGGUAUAAUCUACGGUUAUGCAGCUGUUUUGUCGUCAAGUCUUCUUGUUCCGAUGGCCUCGCACGCGCUCAACAAUUUGGUGGGAGGUCUGUUGUGGCGACAUAGUUCCAAGAUCAAGUCAAUGGAGUGAAACAAACAAAAUUUACAAAGGGGCUGAAUUGAAAAGUAUACAAUUUAAAUGGGUGAUUUUGUCAAAUAUCUAUAGUAGAGGGUGGUUAUUGUAAUUUUUAAGGUUAAUCUACCAACGUCUGACACAAAGGACAAAGUGAAAAUUGGAUCUCUCACAAUUAAUGAAGUGAAAAGUGAAAAACAAA